CUCUCAUUAGCCACUCAUAUAUUAUUUCUCUAUCUUUUCAUUAAAUUAUCAAAUUCUAAAAAAAUGGCUUUUUCCAAAGCUUUAAUUGCUUCUUUGCUACUUUCUCUCUUUGUUCUUCAGCUUGUUCAUGCCAUUCAACCACAGACUACCUCUAAUCAAGUGGGUAGCAACACUGGAAAUGUCUCUGAAAGUAAAAUUGAUUGUGGGGCAGCUUGUGCAGUGAGGUGCAGCGCCACAAAGAGACCAAAUCUGUGCAAACGGGCAUGCGGAAGUUGCUGCAACAGGUGCAACUGCGUGCCACCAGGCACCUCCGGCAACUAUGAAGCAUGCCCGUGCUAUGCCGGCUUGACUACGCAUGGCACCAGGAAGAAGUGCCCUUAAAUUUCUUUAUUUUGCUCCACUCCUAUUAUCUAUGCUACUACUCCAUAAUUUUUUAGGCACGGUCCAUUUCUUAUAACUAGUGGUAUAUUUGGUCCAAAAUUGAGUGAUGUGUGAUGAGGAUGAUAUAUAAUAUAUAUGUGAGGGUAUAAUUCUUGUUGGUGUUUAUUGAUUAUUGUUGUAAUAUUUUGUAUAAUGGAGAAUGUCUGAUCUUGUAUUAUUUGUAGCAGAAGUAUAAUAUUUAUGUCUAUUCAUGCUAUUUUUAUAAGGAUAUUUGUUACAUGAUGCUACAACAACAGUAAUAACAUUUUAUUAUUCAAAUAUCA